ACCCAUUGUUUUUUCUUUGUAUCACCGGUGAGAGAGAGAGAGAGAGAGAGAGAGAGAGAGAGAAGAAGAAGAAGACGAAGAAGCAGCAGCCCUCCAUUGUCUGCCACCGCUCGCCGCCUUUCACCUCCAAUCUCGCCUUCUCUCCUUCGCCGGUCCUAGUUGUGGUGGCGUUUUGUGGUGGCUCUAGUGGUUGUGGGGUGAUAUCCGAUUGCUUGUGAUCUGUGGUUUUGGCGAAGAAUUGUGACAGGAAAUGAGUUCCUCAUGGUGGAAAAGGGGGGUGGAAAAGGGGGAUUAGGAGGGGUAGAUUCGUCCGAAAAAGAGGGAAUUUGGGGGGAUUCGACAGCAACUGGUGGAGGGUAGCCCAUGGCUAACACCCCCUCAGCCGGUGUUAGCUGGUGUAGUGGAAUCCUCUGAUUAGAGAAUACCCCCUCCCUUUUGGGAUCCCAAACGGGGUAUAAGGUGGGUCCUAGGUGUUAUAAGGGUGGAUAACAUAACACCCCUUUACAAUACCCCAUCCAAACAGGCCCUAAGCAGAGUCGUUCUGUUUAGAAACAAAGAGAGCUGUUGUUGAGCAUUAUCUCCUCGUUAAUGUAGCUUCUCAGCAAAAGCCUCACAUGAUCCUCACGGGUAAAUCGUCACAGAGGAUCCCGAUUAUUUCUGCUCUGACAACUUACAUCUUCUCGGAGCUUCGCCGUUCGAUCUACCCGGGUUUUUUCCCUUUCUUUUUCGCUUUUAGGACUGCUUCCGUUUGGCUGUGCUUGUCGCCGUUGUUAAGAGGAACUAAGUAGUUUUUUGAAAGUGAGCAUAGUGACAUCUGUAAUUGUUGACAAAACCCACCAAAUGAAGAAACUUUGGACAUCCCCAAGGACAGCUCUCUGCAACAGCUUCACACAAACUGCAACUACAAGUGGAUAUCAAGCCUUUUGGCAUAGGUCCAAUGAAUACCAGCUUUGAAACAUCGGACUUCACGAAUGCUGCUGAUUACCGCAAUCCAUCUCCAAAUUCAAAAGAGUUCAAAUGAAUCAAAUCUAACAUAGCUGUACUUCUGAUCGGGAAACGAUGUUGAUGGAGGAGUUUAAAGACUCUCUGUGUUUCGCUUGCACACCUGAUUUCUGGAGGAUGGCUGUGCUGUGGACUCUCGCUCUUCUCCUCUCCUAUUUCCAAUUGCUCACCAAAACUCUUUUCUCUCGCAAACCCAUUUCGUACCCUCAUUGUUCUCCUUCGCUGCUGCCAUCAACAACCAAACCAAGGCAUCCUAUCUGCAUUAUCACCGGCGCGACAUCUGGGUUGGGUGCUGCAGCUGCUUAUUCUCUUUCAUUGGAAGGCUACUUCGUUGUCCUUGUUGGACGGUCAUCUAAUCUGUUAUCAAAGGUUAUGACAGACAUUAAAAGACGAAAUGACAAUGCCCACCUCAAAAGUUUUCAGGUUGAUUUAUCAUCCUUCGCGUCAAUCUUGAAGUUUAAAAGCUCCUUGGAGCUGUGGCUUUUGGAUUCUGAUCUGCAUUCAUCAGUCCAACUCCUAAUAAACAAUGCUGGGAUACUAGCAACAUCGCUUAGAUUCACCGCUGAAGGCUUUGAUCAGAUAAUGGGUACCAAUUACCUUGGUGCAUUUUCUCUCACCAAAGUUCUAUUACCACUUCUGGAAAACAGCCCGGUUCCUUCCCGGAUUGUUAAUGUUACAUCCUUUACGCACCGGACUGUAUUUGGCAUACAGGUGGACAAGGAAACUGUUUCUGGAAAAGCUUUCUCAAAAUUCAAAAGAUACCCCUGUGCUCGUAUUUAUGAGUACUCGAAGUUAUGCCUACUGUUAUUCUCUUAUGAGCUUCAUCGACAAUUUGGUGUAUUGGGAGGAUCUUGUCCAGUCUCUGUCGUUGCUGUUGAUCCUGGGGUAGUGAAAACUAACAUCAUGCGAGAUGUUCCCACAUGUCUUCGUUAUGUGGCAUUUCUAGUCUUGAAUCUUCUUGGCCUUCUGAAGUUGCCUGAAAGUGGAGUCCGCUCUAUUGUUGAUGCUGCUCUCGCCCCACCGGAGAUAUCUGGAGUUUACUUUUUCGGAGGAAAUGGCAGAACUGUAAGUUCAUCUGCACGGUCUUAUGAUACAAAGCUUGCAAAGGAACUUUGGGCUACAUCUUGUGAUCUGUUCCGGGAAUUGCAGCUGGCGUUCAAGGACAGUUCCCUUUGAAUAAGGUUAUUAAUUAUCGAGUCCCCUACCGAAAACGGAAGGAAAAUUAAUUACACAAGGUGUAGGCUGGGUACUUGUCUUCCUAUACUUGCAAAUAAAAUUCAGAAACUUCUUUGUAGGGAGUUCAAUCUGUUACUUGUGAUGACCUACUUUUCUUCAGGUUUUGGUAGAGGAAAUCAAUAGCUUUUAUA